AUGGAUUAUUCAACGCAGACCGAAGGGUUUAUUUUGGCUGAAACACAACAGAGUUCUACUCGCAUUCUCACUCUGAAUCGUCCUAAUAAGCGAAACGCUUUAUGUCAGGCGCUUAUCAACGAGUUAUUGCAUCAGCUGAAGAUUGUCUCGGCUGAUCCGCACAUUCGAGCCAUCGUCAUUGCUGGUUCGGGCGCCAUCUUCUCGGCUGGUGCCGACAUCAAAGAGAUCGCUCAGUUGGAUGGCGAAACUGCUCGGCAGAAGCGGUAUCUUGAAGACCUCUGUCAUGCAAUGAAACAGGUUCGGAAACCUAUUAUUGCGGCGGUCGAGGGUAAAGCACUUGGGGGUGGUUUCGAGCUUGCCUUGAUGGCAGACUUUAUCGUCGCUACGCCGGAAGUAGAGUUUCGACUUCCUGAAAUAUCAAUCGGUCUGAUCCCCGGUGCUGGAGGUACACAAAGAGUGACCGCGGCUGUGGGCAAGUACAGGGCAAUGAACAUGAUUCUGCUGAAUGAACCGCUUUCCGGAAAUGAAGCCUAUCAGGUCGGACUAGUUUGCAAACUGGUCGAACCAGGAAAGGCUUUGUCGGGGGCGUUGGAGAUUGCAGAGAAGCUGGCUUCUCAGAGUGCCUCAACCUUGAUGGUGGCAAAGGAGGCAAUAUGCAGAGGUGAGACGGACGAACUGCAGCAUGACCAUGAGUUUGAGCGGUCACUGUAUUAUGCCACUUUCGGGACCCGCGAUAUGGUGGAGGGAGUAACUGCAUUCCUCGAGAAGCGGGCACCUGUGUGGAGAACGCCAUCUUGA